GACGAUUUCAAGAUGAGGUUGUACACAAAUCAAUUUUCCGUUAACGGCUCAAUUUGGAGAUUGCGUGAUUUCUGUUCCGCUCGUCGUAAUGAGACCUACCAAUAUGUAUGCGUUUUUUACAGUACUAGUGACGCUGUUCUCCACAGUGGUUCACAUCGAUGCUUGUUUCCUUGGACUUUUCAGAAGAUUAACAGCUCGACGCCCAAGAAUACUUAGACUAGCUCCUCGCAGGGCUCUGUUUCUGAGAAGAUUUUGAAUCUGGAACUGAAGAGAACAACCUUUGUGUGGCAUUGAUAAUGAAUUUUUCGGCAAUAUGUAGAUGUUUAUAGAUUAAAGGUCAA